AUGGGGAACGAGGCCAGCCUAGAGGGAGAGGGGCAGGCGGCUCCGCCCGGCUCCGCCGCUCCUUCGGCGGGAGCUCCGGCUUCCAUUUCAGCACCACCGGACUCUGGACAGCUCAUCAAGCCCAGCAAUGGUGCGCCAGCCGGAGGAACGGGAGCGGGAGCCGGGCCGGGGAUUAACAGACCACCCCAAUCAGACCCAGGGCCCAGGGGGGGCAUCCAGAGCGGCCCUGGGACCGGGGAUCGGCUGGCCUCUCAUGACAGCCUCCAGCCCGCCGCUUCCCAAGGAGAGCAGGGCCAGGGUCACGUCGCCAGGAAGAGUCUGCAGGUGAACGUGGGUAGCGGCAGGACCACCAGGUCCCCUUCUGUGUCCCCAGACAGAGGCAGUGUCCCCACCUCCCCCUACUCCGUGCCUCAAAUCGCACCCAUGCCCAGCAGCAAGCUGUGCCCUGUCUGUAAAACCACUGACCUGAUGAGCAGGAGGGAUGACCAGCCAAACUACAACACCUGCACACAGUGUCGAUUCAUGGUGUGCCACCAAUGUGGCUUCAACCCCAACCCGCACCUGACAGAGAUCCAGGAGUGGCUAUGUCUGAACUGUCAGAUGCAGAGAGCUUUGGGGAUGGACAUGACCACGCCACGCUCCAAGAGUCAGCAGCAGUUACACUCUCCUUCUCAACCGGCCAAACCAGAUCCUUCCACUCAGCCUGAUCCCCAGACACAGGCCCAAACCCAGCCCCAAACACAGACCUCGCCUCAGCAGCAACCUCCAACGCAGCCCCACAAAACGCCUGCCGCUAACAAACAGACUGGUCCAGCUGGCCCAGGCCAGCAACAGGUUAAGCUGCCCCCUGGGGCAGUUCCUCUCCCUGGCAUGGCCAAGGCCCCAUCCCAACCUGACCUGUCCCACAGCUCCCCCGCCCACCAACCCCAUCAUCCACGCCAGGAUCAGACCCGCAGCGCGGGGAGCUCUCCGUCACGGCAGCCCCCACCUCCAGAGCAGACAUUUGGGAAGCUCUUUGGCUUUGGUGCUUCUCUGCUCAACCAGGCCAGUACUCUCAUAUCAGAGACUGCUCAACCCCAGCAACAGCCUCCCAAACCGGCCCCCAAACCUGGAGGGACACAAGGUCUGGGGACUGGGGCUGGAAAACCCCCAGGACAACAUCACCCUGCUCAACAAGGACCCCAUGGACCCCUUCAACAACAACAACAACAUCACCAGGACUUCUCCUCCAAGCCCAAGAUUUGCUGUCCUCUCUGCAAGACAAACCUCAACGUUGGCAACACUGCAGAGCCGCCCAAUUACAACACCUGUACACAGUGCCAUGCCCAGGUGUGCAACAUGUGCGGCUUCAAUCCCACCCCACAUCUAGUCGAGAAGAAAGAAUGGCUAUGCUUGAACUGCCAGACCCAGAGGGCUCUGUCAGGAAACUUAGGAGAUGCUCCUGCCCCUGUUACACAGCCAACGGGAUCCCCCCGGACACCUGCCCCCGCCAAUCAACAACCACCUCAACAGAAAGAGACCAGCCAACUCGCAGGGCACAGGCCCACAGGUCCCCAACAGCAGCAGAAACCACCGGGUGCCCAAGUAAGUGGCCAUCUCUCUUCUGUCAAACAGGCUGGGCCUACCUCUCAAAACAAGGGCCCCACCCAAUCCUCUUCUCAAACUAAAGGUUCCUCCCAACCUUCCCCUCAAAGCAAGGGCCCUACCCCACCCUCUUCUCAAAAUAAGGGACCCUCUCCUCAAGUGAAAGGCCCGAGUCAAGCUCAUGCUCAUGCUCAUAGUAAAAGCCCUACUCAGUCUGUUAACCAAGCAAAGGGCCCUAGCCAACCCAAAGGGCCUACUCAUACAAAGGGAUCUUCCCAGACUUCUGGUCAGAGUAAAGGGCCAUCUCAUACCUCUAGUGCCAAGUCUUCAUCCACCCCUGGUAAAGCAGCACCUGGCUCUGCCAAAGCCUCUUCUGCCCCUGUAAAAGCAGGAGCUACCCAACCUAAACCCACAGGUAACAGCCAGACCCGGAAACAGCAACAAAGUCAAGAGAAGAGUAAAGUCACUUCUAAAUCUCUAAAGGAAGAAGUCAAGGCCUCAUCAAAGAAGGCAGUGUCAGAGGGUAUCACUUCAUCAAAGGAUGUGAAGAUGACUGAAGACUCACAGAAGAUGAGACACCAUGAAGAUUCCAACAAGUCAAGCAUGCACAGUCUAAGUGACACAGGCUAUUCCUCUGAUGGGAUCUCCGGCUCCUUGGGGGAAAUCACAGGCCAGAUCCGGGAGGAUGGAAUCAAACUCAGUGAAAGAGGUGCUUCAAGUCCGUCUGAGAUCACCAAGCUGGAGAGCUCCAUGAGGCCCCUGCUUGAGUCAAAGACAGCCUCAGACCAGCAGCAGAGACCACACUCACUGUCUGUUGGACAGGACCAGGAGUAUAACUCUGAUGAAGAUGCAGCAAGGGAAGAGUCAGAGGAUGACCUCAGCUGUAAACUGCGUCAUGACUAUGUGGAGGACAGCAGUGAGAGCGGUCUCUCACCAUUACCACUCAGGCAGAAGAAAUCACAUAAAGAUUUAACAGAUGAGGAAUUCAUGAGGAGGCAAAUCAUGGAGAUGAGUGCUGAUGAAGAAGAGACAGAGGAAUAUGGAACCCAAAAAACCAAAAGGGGACAUAAAACCAGUGGUGAUUUGGGAAAGGAGAGACGACGGCUCACUCAACAAUCUAAUAGUUUUGAAGAGGAAACCAAGGGGUCAGAUAGUGUUUAUAAAGGAAAUGAAGAUGAUGAAGGCAUGGUUGCCUCUCAAGGAGGACUUCGACGAUUUAAGACCAUUGAACUGAACAACACCAAUAGUUUCAGCCGAGAUAUGGAGCUCAAUACAGAACAUGACCUCAGAGAACCAGAGCUAGAAAUGGAGAGUCUGACUGGUUCUCCUGAGGAGCGAUCUAGAGGGGAAUAUUCAUCCACUCUACCUGCCACUACCCCAAGCUACACCUCUGGAACAUCACCUACAUCUGUGUCAUCCAUGGAGGAUGACAGUGACAGCAGCCCUAGUCGCAGAGCAAGACUUGAGGAGGCCAAGCAGCAAAGGAAAGCUCGACAUCGUUCCCAUGGUCCCCUGCUGCCCACUAUCGAGGAUUCAUCUGAGGAAGAUGAGCUGAGGGAGGAGGAGGAGCUUCUCCGAGAACAGGAGCAGAUGAGAGAUCUGGAGCAGCAGAGGAUUCGCAGCACAGCUAGGAAAACAAAGAGGGACAAAGAGGAACUGCGGGCACAGAGACGCAGGGAAAGAUCCAAAACUCCCCCCAGUAAUCUCUCUCCAAUAGAAGAUGCAUCACCAACAGAGGAAUUGAGACAGGCAGCAGAGAUGGAGGAGCUUCAUAGAUCCUCAUGCUCUGAAUAUUCACCCUCCAUGGACUCAGAAGCAGAGGGGUUUGAGAUGAUUGGUGGAAAGCUCUACAAGUCAGGGAGUGAAUAUAACCUCCCAACCUUCACAUCUGAUUACUCUCCUACUGAAAAUAUAUCAAAAACCUCACCACCUGAUAAAACAUUAAAAAGUGCAGAGGAGGUCUAUGAGGAGAUGAUGAGGAAAGCAGAGCUGAUGCACAGGAAAGGGCAACCACUAAACACUCAGCAGAAAGGUGACCCUCUGUCAGUCAGUAAACCACAUCUAGAACCUGGGGCUGUUUUAACCCCUGGCUCCAGCCCCACCCAGAUUGCUGCACCUGUAUCCUUCUCCGCAACUGGAAGUGACCCAAGAAUUCUUGCAGCACAGCAUUUAUCAAAAGAAACACAAAACAGGAUGAUUACACAGACUGCCAAAAUUGGAGGCGUUGUUGGGAUUGCCACAACUAAAGCCCAAAGCCAUCAACCCAUCACAACUGCUCGGCAGGUGGGAAGUGCAGGCUCUGCUGCUGGCAGAGCAGGUUCCCAGGGGCCUACUAAGGCUGCGCCAUCUGACCCUGAGUCAUCAUCCCUUUCCUCCAAAGUAUUCUCAUAUUUCAAGGGUUCCAGCCCCCCACUCUCUCCCACCACUUCUCCUACCCAAAGCCCCACUCCUUUGGCAACACAGCGACACACUGGAGUAGGUAGGCAGCUGCCGUGUCUGCCUGGUAGCCCUGCAUCUUCAGCGGUGCCCCAUGGUACUCAGGCGUCUCAAAGAGCAGUUUCACCUCGCCUUGCACGACAACAGUCUUCCCAAGAAUCACCAGUAAUGGUGAUAACGCUGGGUUCAGAAACAACCAGUGCUGCCAAACCCCUUACUGUAAAUUCCUCCACUUCCCCUUUGUCAUCACCAACACAGAUCAGUUGUAAGCACUUGUAUGGCUCCCAGCCUCCCUCAACAAGUUCCCCAACAUCCCCGCAACUACAUCCAUCACAGAAAUCCUCCAAACAUUCGUCACAGACAGUCCAAAGUAUUGAAAAAAUAAAUGUUGGUAUGGGCACAGUGACCACCACAACCACAUAUAGCCGUGGAUCAAAGGUGAUAGGACAAAGCCAAAGUGGUAAUGUGGUUGACCUAAGAGCCCCAGUGAGGCCUGCCCCGAUUAUUAUGACAGACCAGGGUAUGGAUUUAACCUCUCUGGCCUCUGACACAAGGAGAUAUUCACUAGGAGCAGAGCAGCCAUCCAGUCGACACACAGCAGUGCAGCCACUUAUCAUGAACCUGAAUGCACAAGAGCAACCACAGAUAUCUGUAUCAACUCCAACCACAGUCAGUGUCACAGUUGCAGCUUCUAUGUUCAUAUCCCCACCUAAGCAACCAGUAGUCUACGGAGAUCCGUUACAGAAUCGUGUAGAUCUGGGACAGGGUGUUGGCUCAGCAGUGUGUCUAACACAGACUAAGCCACCAAUUACAGACCCAUCUAUUCCCAAAAUUGAUGCCUGCUUGGAAGAUUUGGGCAUCCAACAGCAACAGCUACAAUUACAGCAACAGAAGCUCCUGCAGCAGCAACAGCUCCUUGAACAGCAGCUCCAGCAACAUCAGCAGCAAUCCUCCUUUGCUCGUUACAACUUAGCAAAUCAGGUCCAACCACUGCUGUUGAAAAAAGACCUUGUUGUAAGCCAGACAAGCAGCUCUCAGCCUGUCGUGAGUGUUAGUGCCAUUCCAAGGAUAUCUCCCUUACCCCCACAGUCAGCAUCUGGAGCUCCUUCUUCUAAUGUCCCACAUGAGAUCUAUAGUGGGGUUGCCUUAGAGUUGAAAAAUAAGCCCACAGUAAUUAAUUUGUCAACAAGUAAACCCCAUGUCAUGAUGGUACAGCUGGAUGAGAGCAGCUCCUCCCAAGCAGGUACAGUGACUCAGCUGGUAAAAAAAGAAGAACCACCUCCCGCUCCCCAGAUUCUGGAUCUCACUGGGCAGCUCAAACCAGAGAACCAAGAGGCUUGUUGUGAUGUUGUUUACAAACUGCCCUUUGCUAGUAGCUGUUCGGGAUCCUUUGCUCAGAAGCCCACAACAGUGGCAUCAGAACAUAAUCCAACCACUGAACCUUCCCAAGUUGCCCGCCCUCCCCCUGCCCCACACUACAAUGACAGUUGCCACCAGCAACAACAGCAAGCACCGCCCACGUUAGGAGUAACAGAGGAUCAUAAACCUUAUCAACCACCAAUACUGCCACCAGGAACAAUACAACCCUCUAUGUCUGACACUAACUUGCCUUCCAUGACUGAUGCAGAUCCUCAGCAACAUCAAAGAAAUGACCAGCGAGGUCUGGCAGUUGAUCUGAGCAGCAUGAAUCAGGCUUAUGAGGGUGGAUACCUUGGCAUGGGUGCACAGUAUGGCUCCUACACUGACUUGCGUCACCAAGGAGAUGUUGUGGGCCCUCCAUUACCCCUACGUCGAUAUGGCUCUAUGUCAAAUAUAAAUUCCGAUUAUGGUUACAAUCCACGUGACCUAACAGGUAAACAAGACUCUAAUUUGGCACAGUACAGUGCAACCACUGCCAGGGAAAUCAGUCGGAUGUGUGCAGCUCUUAACUCAAUGGACCAGUAUGGGAGCCGAUAUGGAAACCCUGAACUUAUGCAGUACGGGGCUGGAAGGGGAGGGCCAAUGGGUAGGCUCAAUCUGCAGCAAAGCCUUGCAUCUAUAAGAGCCAACCUACUCUAUGGUCCUGAUGGCAGACCAACAGCCCAUGGGCAAACCCUAACUAACCUAAUAAAUGCUAGACAAGCAAGUAUAAGGGCCUUGUACCCUGCUGCUAUGAGAGGAGCUGAUGGCAUGAUAUACUCCACAAUUAACACUCCAAUAGCCUCUACCUUGCCAAUUACUACUCAGCCUGCCUCUGUCCUACGUCCCAUACCAAGAGGAAUAUACAGACCUUAUCCUACAAGUGUAACUGCUGUACCACUGGCAAGCCUUACUAGGUUGCCUCAAGUGACUCCCAGAAUGCCUCUAUCCACACAGGGACCAUACUCUUACCCUCCUUCUAACCAGUAUCCUACUUCAGCCCCUGCCCCAGGAAGUGUGCCUGUUACAAGUACCUCCAACCAAGAAACUCCAGUCUACCUUGGGAAGCCUUUAACAAGCAUCGCUGCACAUACAGCUGCAACCUUGCCACCAACCCAACCUGUUGCUCAUUUGGGAGCACAAAAUAUACAAGCACCUGGUAUACAGGCUACUACAAUGCAACUUCAGCCUGCGGAUCAACACACAGCUCAAACCCAAAUACCAACACAGAAUGUUAAAUCAAUCUCUCAAGAUCAGGGUCAACCUCAAAUUGUACAGCAGGUGCAAGCUCAAAUGCAGGCACAAUUACAAACACAACAAAUGCCCACUCAAACUCAGCCUUUAUCUUUGACCCAAGCCCAGCUCCAAAUUCAACACAUGACACACCCUCAGUCUCAGGUAUUAGUACAGCCUCUGGCCCAGACCCAAACCACACCCCAAGCUACUGCUAUUGCAGCACCUAGUACCAAACCUUCUCCUCCCAUGGAUGCACAGAAAGAAAAAGAAGAGGAGAGACUAAGUCAGCAACAAGAGCAGAUGCUACAGUUAGAACGAGAGCGAGUGGAGUUGGAGAAGUUGCGGCAGCUGCGCUUACAGGAAGAGCUUGAAAGAGACAGAAUGGAGCUUCAGCGACACAGAGAGAAAGAACAGCUGCUUGUCCAGCGAGAGAUUCAGGAGCUGCAGUCAAUAAAACAGCAAGUCUUACAGCAGCAGCAGGCAGAGCGGGAGACCCAGCUCAUUAUGCAGAGAGAGCAACUGGCCCAGCAGAGGAUGCAGCUUGACCAGAUUCAGUCUCUGCAGCAGCAGCUUCAGCAGCAACUGGAGGAGCAAAAGAGGCAGAAGACAGCCGCAGUGGAGGCAGCAGCAGCUGCAGCAGCAGAGGCAGCUGCAGCAUCAGCAGCGGCAGCAGCAGCAGCAACAUCUGCACAAGGUGCAAUACAAGGUGUAGUUGUAGGAGGAGGGCCUCCUCAGAGUUUCAUUAUAUGUGACCAGAGUGGAAGAGUGAUCCAACAAGAUGGACAAAGUGUUCAGUUCUGGCAGGACGGGCAAGUGGUUCAAGCACUGGUGUCUUCUAGGCCUAUUCAUAGUUCUGCCUCGGAAAUGUCUUUGCGAAGUGAUGACCAGGCCGAGUCCAAGAUAAUGAAAAAACAGAAUUCCAUGCCACGGCUGAGGGAUGGCUCAGAGGAGGACUCAGUGAAGAGGAUUGCAGAUAGCUGUGUGCAAACAGAUGAUGAAGAUGGAGAGGACAGAUUUAUUAAUAGACGUAGGAGGACCAGGCGGAUUGCAGACUGCAGUGUUCAAACAGAUGAAGAGGACCAAGGAGAAUGGGACCAGCAGCCAGUGAGGCGCAGACGCUCACGCAUAUCUAAGCACUCUGAUCCUACUUCUGACACUAAAUCCGACAGCUCAAGCAAAGUGUCUUCCUCAAGUAUUGCUAUUCAAACAACCAAUGACUCCUCAUGCCAAACAGAGCCAGAUCAGCUAGGAAGGGUUUCACCUGCAAUUCACAUAACCAUGGCAGAGACCUCAAAAGUGGACCUUUUACAUUACAUAGCUGCCCCUGAAAGGACCCAGAAGGGAGAGAGUCUGGCCUGCCAAACAGAUCCAGAGGCCCAGUCUCAAGGUGUGGUUGCCCCUCAGCUUAGUGUGCCUACAACCAUCAGUCCAUACUCUACUAGUCUACAUAUGGUGGGCACUAACUCCUCUGAUCCAGCUUCUCCACGACUCCAAGGGGUUGCUAAGUUUGAGAGAAGGAAACCAGACCCCUUGGAAAUUAGCUAUCAGCAGCAACAACAAAAUGAGUCUCCGUCUCGCCAGCCUCCCAAAUCUCCACAGGUACUAUACUCCCCAGUAUCCCCGCUGUCUCCUCACCGCAUGCUAGAGACAACAUUUGCCUCCCAAGAGAAACUCAACAAGGCACAUGUCACACCCCAGCAGAAGGCCUUUACUGCUGAAUCCCCCCAGCGUCACCAGACCCUCCCCAGGCCCAUAAAGAGUGUGCAGCGCUCCAUGUCAGAUCCCAAGCCCCUCAGCCCCACAUCAGAAGACCCUGCCAAGAAUAGGUUCUCGCCAUACCAUCAGCAAGCUCUCUCCAACAGUCAGAUGGCUUCCCUGCAGCAGCAGCAGAACACUCUGAUGAGAAAGGUAAAGAGAACUCUCCCCAGCCCCCCUCCAGAGGAGACUCCCCUCCCCAUCGUUACUCCUGCUCAAAUGUACACUUCCCCUGGUAUGUCCCAGAGGGUCCUACCGAGGACCUCCCAGGGCACCACCAAGGCAGGCCUACUGAAUGAGUUGAAGGCUGUGGAACAGGAGUCAUCCAAACUUCGCAAGCAGCAGGCUGAGCUGGAGGAGGAGGAAAAGGAGAUUGACGCUAAAUUACGUUACUUGGAGCUCGGCAUCACCCAACGUAAGGAGACAAUGGUUAAGGAGAGAGAGAAGAGAGAGCUGGCUUAUCUGCGUUGUAUGGGUGAUGCCCGGGAUUACAUGUCAGACAGUGAGCUUAACAAUCUUAGGAUGGCAGCUGCAACAGGAACUUUUGAUCCUAAUGGGUUACUGUCAAGGCCCAGCACUGCUCCACUGAGUCAGUUUACCAGUGACCUCAGUGCAACUUCCCAAUAUCCCUCAACUUCUUCUUACAUGUCCUAUCCAUACCCUCAAAGCCAACCAUCAACACAGCAGCCAGGCCCUGCUUACCAACAGAUAGGUUUCCAACCUCCUCAAUACUCUUCCUCCUCUGCACCCCAGCCAGGAACAUUCCAGCCCCAUCCUCCACCAGGCCCAGGCUAUCAGACCCAGGGAACCUUCUCUUCACACAUGUAUGGCCAGCCAUUGUAUCAGACAGACCUUGGCAUGCAGCAACAUGGUCACCAGGGCUUCCAGCCUCCUGGCGCACCCAUGCCAGGUCAGAGCCUGCCUUACCCCAGCCAUAGCUCCUACCAGCCAGUCCUCUCCUUCCAGCCCCAGGCAGAGAUCCUAACAGUUCACCAAAGGCCAAGGCAGACCUCCCUGGCUGACCUUGAACAGAAACUGCCCACCAACUAUGAAGUCAUCAGUAACCCUGCAGUGUCAGUGGCCACAUCAGCUCCUGAUACCAGCUAUGGCUCAGUCUAUAACAAUGCCUAUGGGCAGUAUCGCCCCCCUGAGCCUGCCUUGAGUCAUUCUGUGGACAGCCCCACUUCUGCCUAUGCUGCAGAUGGCCUCUACACCUCCAAUCUAGAGCAGAACAUCCCAAGGAACUAUGUCAUGAUCGAUGACAUUAGUGAGUUGACAAAAGAGAAUACAAAUCAACCCACUGAUGCUCUUGGUCAUCCCAUUGGAGGGCGUUAUGGCAGUGAAAAUGGUCCUGGACGUGGUAGUGCCUAUGGACGACCUGAAGAUGAACCAGUGGAUUCUUAUGGCAGAUCAUCAAGCACGGUAGGCUACCAGAGUGGUGUGGACAGCCGCACCGGCACCACAGCAAGUGGAGGAUCUUCAUAUUAUUAUGAUGACUAUAAACACUCCACAACACGCAGUGGCUCCAGUGGUCAGAAAAUCACAUCCAAGAAUCUGGCCCCUGCUGUAGUCUCUUCCAAACGUAGUAAGCAUAGGAAACAGGGAAUGGAGCAGAAGAUAUCUAAGUUCUCCCCUAUUGAAGAAGCACGGGAUGUGGAGUCUGAUCUUGCUUCAUACACCAUGACAACAUCAACAGGUGGCAGCUGUACAGUUGUUUCCAGAACCAAGAAGCUUCACGAUGACAUGGCAUAUGGGCUGAAAAACAACAUUUAUGACCAGCAGAAGUAUUACGGCACCAGUCGCGAGGGUCUUGAGGAGGAAGACCGCAUGUACGGCUCUGGGAGGUCCAGGUCUACUGGCUAUGGAAUGGAUAAGAUCUCCUCCCGAGAUGCAGCUGGCCACAGGAGUAAGUCUUACGAAAGAGAUGCCAUGGAAAGAACCCAGAGAAGCAGCCGUGGUGGAAGACCUCCCAUGCGUAGUCAGAACUCAGAAGAGGAGAGUCCACUUAGCCCUGUGGGGAAGCCUGUGGGGAUGGGUAGAGGCUCUGGUAUAGCUGACUCCCAUGAUGUGAGAAACCAGUAUGGCUCCAGUCAUUCCCUGCCAGAUGUACAGGACCACCACACGAAGGACCUACCCAGGAGUCACGUCUACAAACCAGAUGACCCCUACCUGGUAGAUGACAUGCACUGUGCUGUUUCUGACAGUGAAGCCUAUCACUUGGGCCAAGAGGAGACCGAUUGGUUUGAGAAACCUCGUGAGGCCCGUUCUGAACGCUCAAGACACCAUGGAGGUGGUGGUCAUUCAUCUACAGGCAGGCGUACCAAUGUGAAGCACACAUACCAUGAUUAUGAUGAGCCCCCAGAGGAAGACUGGCCCCAGGAUGAGUACAACCAACAACGGCACCCCUCAUCCACGUCAUCACGGGAACAUCGUCACCAUGGCAACAGCUCUGUGAGGCAUAGCUCUUCCCGCCACUCAGAAGAGUCCAGGUCCUCCCGCACUAGGACACAUCCGAAAGACCCAUCUGCCCGCUCUGACGGCCGAACUUCCUCCUCUACACAAAGGAGGGGCGGUCAAGAGUCCCGCUCUUCCCAGGGAAGCCACCGGGAUUCCGGUGAUUUCUCUCGUGACACAGCCCCCGGCCACCACCAUGGGACAGGGGGAAGGAGCCAGAGGCCACCUGGAGAUCGUACCUCCUCAAGAAAACAGGAUCCUUCUACAGGGCCUAAACAGCAGCAGCAACAGCCUCAGGGCCAAACUGGGAAGCAGCGGUCAGGAGGCCAGGCCCAGUCUGGAAGACAGCAUGGCUCUGAGACAGUUGACGGAGCCCCGCCGCAACAGCGUCCACAACAGAAUCAACAACCACUGCAGCAAGGCCAGCCCCCUCACACCACCACCAGUGGAUCACAGGUCACACCAAGCACUACUGGUGCAGGGGCAGUCCAGCAACAGUCCAAACCUGGCCAGGCCACACCACAAGGACGGCAGCCUGCAGCAGGGCCUACAGCAGGGCAACCAGCAGCCACACCGGCAAAAAUGGAUGCUACACCUGCAGUAAAUGUUGCUGGUAUGAAACCUGCAGCAGCGGCCCCAGCAGUGACACAGCCUGCCAAAAUAGCAACACCUCCUGUAACAGGCAUCGGCUCCAAGGCAGCCCCUGUGGCUAUUGGUAGUAAGUCUGGAGGUAUAGGCAGUGCAGCAGCAGCAGCAGCAGGACCGGCCCCUGCUGAAGGGGAAAAUGUCCUCAGCAAGAUCCUGACAGGAGGGGCAGCAGAGCAGGCGGGAAAGCUGGGAGAUGCUAUAUCUGGCCUCGGGAAGAAGUUCACCUCGUUUUGGUGA